AUGCCUGAAGCAAAGAAGUUCGACGUCAAGAAGUUCCUUAUCGACUUGGCCUCUGGAGGUACCGCUGCUGCCGUCUCCAAGACUGCUGUCGCCCCUAUCGAGCGUGUGAAACUUCUCCUUCAGGUACAAGAUGCCUCCAAAAGCAUCACAGUUGACAACAGAUACAAGGGUAUCAUCGAUAUCCUUGUUCGUGUGCCCAAGGAGCAGGGUUUCACCGCUUUGUGGCGAGGAAACUUGGCCAACGUCAUCCGAUACUUCCCCACGCAGGCCCUGAACUUCGCCUUCAAGGAUACCUACAAGAAGAUGUUCUUGGAAGGUCUUGACAAGAAGAAGGACUUCUGGAAGUUCUUUGCCGGAAACUUGGCCUCUGGUGGUGCUGCUGGAGCUACCUCACUUUGCUUCGUCUACCCUCUGGAUUUCGCCCGAACACGUCUUGCUGCCGAUGUCGGAAAGGGCGCUAACCGUGAAUUCAAGGGAUUGUUGGAUUGCCUCGUCAAGGUCGCUAAGCACGAUGGUCCGAUCGGUUUGUACCGUGGUUUCCUUGUCUCCGUACAAGGUAUCAUCAUCUACCGUGCCGCAUACUUCGGAAUGUUCGACACUGCCAAGAUGAUCUUCGCUGCUGAUGGCCACCUGAACUUCUUCGUCGCAUGGGCUAUCGCUCAGGUCGUCACAGUCGGAUCCGGAAUCCUCUCAUAUCCUUGGGAUACCGUCCGUCGACGUAUGAUGAUGCAGUCUGGCCGCAAAGACAUCCUUUACAAGAACACCCUCGACUGCGCCAAGAAAAUCAUUGCCAACGAAGGAAUGGGAGCUAUGUUCAAGGGAGCAUUGUCGAACGUUUUCCGUGGAACUGGUGGAGCCUUGGUGUUGGCCAUCUACGACGAGAUCCAGAAAUUCCUCUAA